AGGAAUCAUUAAGAAUGGCAAAUUUGAUGUUAUUUCUUGGGUUUUCAAAUGAAUGCACAGCUCCUAAACUUCAAAAGUUAAUUACAGAGUUAUUCCCAGAUAAACAUGUUCUGAAUCUCUGGAUAGAUCCUAAUAGAGAAUGCAGGGCUGUGGUACAUUUUGAAAACAAAUUAGAAGUAUGUGAAUUAUUGAAGUUAACAAAAUUUAAUAUGAAAGGGGAGCUUAUUCAGCCCAUAAACAACAUCUUCAUUCGUGCUUAUGGAACUUUAAAAAAUGCUGCUAAGGACAAAUUAAAUUUGAUGUUUCCAACAAAAAAGUUUCAAUACACUAUAAGAAGAAUAGAUGACGACUGCUUUGAGGUUUCAUUUGAAAAAGGCUGGCAAACUGUAUUGACCAUCUGCAACAAGAUCUGGGAGAUAGAAAAUACAAAAUGGACAGUAAUUCCUCAUUUUACCUGUUUCCAAGAGCCUUUUGACGAGCAAUAUAAAAGAUUAGAGAUGGAAACAAUUGCGACAAUGGAUGAGUUUGAAUCAGAACAAACUUCACAGGAUAGUGACGGUUUAGCAAUAAAAAGCAAGGAUUCCUGUUCUGAACAACUGGCAAUGUACACUUGUGAAAUGUCAUCUGCUGAUAAUACCAAUAAAAAUAAUACAUUGAUUAUAAAUGAGACAGAAGAAAAUGUAACAAGUUCAGAUUCUACUUCGACAUACAUUAUUUAUGAGCAAAAAAUAAUACCUAAAAUUCUUACAUUUUUAAACUUUCAAGAUAUUUUAAAACAAAAUAAAUUAAACUCUUUGAUUGAAGUUAUAUUUAAAGAUAAUGAAGUUGAAAUUAAAGGAGCAACAUCUGUUAAGAAAAAGGAAUCAGCCUCUGUUAUGAAAAGGAUAAAUAAACAAUUAUUAGAAAAAACAUUGAAGUUUACAAAUUCACAAGUAAGCAAGAAAUUUCUUGAAUCUAAAGAAGUACAAGAGCAGAUUAAAAUAUUUAUUGAAAACAAUGGCUGUCAUCUAGUUGUCAACAAUGUUGAAGAUUUUUACUUGACUGUUGUCAAUAAUAAAGGAAAUCAGGUUUCUUUACAAGAAUUUCUGUCUCAGAUUGUGUUUGAAACAAAUUGUUUACUCUUACCAAACAAAGACCAUGCCAUGAGAAAAGACCUGUUGAAAUACAUUGAUGACUUCAACAGUAAAGUGCCAUACAUGCAGCUUGUAAUUGAUGAUUGCAAUAUUGUACUACUCACUGUAUUGAACAAAUCUGAAGACACUGUGAUUGAUGUCACUAGAAAGAUAAAAAAAAUUUUAUUUAAGAAAGUAAAAAGAACAAUUUGUAAUCGAAACAAGUUCUAUAUAUUUUUGCUUGAUGCUUUAAAAUUUGUUCAAGCUGCCGAGAAGGUGUUCCCAGAUUCUUCAAUUGUAAUAGAUAUUGAAGCUUUAGAUAUUUAUGUCUAUGGUUAUAUUGAGCAGAUUGAUAUGAUAAAGAAAAUCAUUAAUGAAAAUGCUGAACAGGUUCCUGAGGAUUUCUAUGAGGAUGUACUGCUUGGAAAUAAAAAAGUCUUGCAUCAGAUGAAGGCAGUUGUGGACCUGUUUGGUUAUCAUAUUGUAAUCAGUCCUGCUGACAGUCUAAAAAUGAUCAUCAAAGAUAAAAAUGGCAAACAGGAUUCUUUAGAAAAUUUUGCUGCUAAAUUAGUGAUUAAAAAAGCUACAUAUGCUUUUAAAAAUCAAGAAAAUUUAACAACACCUUGUUUGGAAGAAUUAGUAAAUAAUAUCAAUGCCAAGUUUCAAUCUUUUCACAUAUCUGCUGAAGAAAGAACACUGACACUUUUUGCCUUUCUUGGAUAUAAUGAAGAUGAAGCAAAAAAAAUAAACCACAUGAUUAGCACUAAAAAUCCUACAGAUAUAAAUAAUUGCUUUAAUUCCUCUUCAAUAACUUAUGAUGUUCAAGCUAACUGUGAGCCAAAAAUAUAUGUUGUGGAUUCUCAACCUGACAUACUAACCUACACCAAAACAUUUCUUCAAAAUGAUAUAUUGAAUUUGCAAAAAUGUGCAACUGAAAAGGCAGUGAUUGUUUUUGGUCAAUAUAAAAUUGAAAUAAUUUAUACAUGUGACAUACAUCUUGCAUUGAUAAAGGAAAAAAUACGUGAUCUAUUGUCUAAAGUUUUAUCCAGAAAAAAAAGUGUUACAUUUCCUGGAAUGAAAGAUUUUAUUGAAUCAGAAACUGGUCAGCAAGAAAUUGAUUUUUUUUCGAAUAAAUAUGAGUGUUACAUUCAGUUUCCAGGAAUAAAAGAUGAGUUCUCAAAAUUUCAAGAAAUUGGAAUUGCCAGAACUGAUUAUUCAAGGCUUGACUAUAAAUCAGUUAUCUUGAAAACUGCAAAGUCCAAUAGAGUUCAUUUUCACUUAGUUCAAGGGAUCUUUAGGAAAAUGGAAAAUUUAAAUAUGAGAAUUGAAUUUCUUCCAUCAAAAAAAGAUGAUGAAUGCAACUUUGCAUCACAAAAUUCCAGCAAACAUCUGCAUUUUAAUCUUCCUGACUGGAAAGCCCCAAACUGUAAAAGUUUGAGAGAGAGUUUGAGUACCAAUGUCAGUAUCAUGUUCCAACAAGCUUCUCAUACUCACAGCUUUAAAAUAGGCAUUUCAACUUCGCAGAUAUCUACAUCUGAUUAUCCAUUUCCUCUAGAUGUUAUUGCUGAGACAAUUAUUGAGCAGACUCUGAUUGUAUUAAACACACUGACAAAUGAAGCGAAAUUAUCAACUCAAAGCUCCCAAAAAUAUGAUAUUUUUAUUUGUGAAUCUACAAGUGAAUCUGUUUUCAAAGCUUUUAUAUAUUAUUUGAAAAAAAAUAAUUUUCAUAUCACACAGCCAGAUGAAGAUUGUUGGAAGGAAAUAGUUCCUCUGGAAACCAAUGUUUCUCACAGAAAUUAUAGUAAAUUACAGGCAACAGUAGAAGUGAUUGAGAGUAACCAGGAACACACAAAUCUUAGGACUUUAUUGUGCUACCCAAUUUUACCAAGUCUUGAAGCUAAUACUUGUCCAUACUUCAAUGAGACACCAUUUUCUUAUAAGCUGUUGGAAAAUGUUAUCAAAGAAAUUCAAAGUUCAAAUCCAGAUGGCCUUUUGAUUGGGCAAUCUUUCAUAAAAAAUACUCACUCUGGCAAAGAUUUGCAGAUAUUCUGUUUUCCUGAGUGGGGAAUGGAUUGCAAAGAGCAUAUAGAAUGCUCAUUGAGACAGUGCCUAAUGGACUCAGCUAGCUAUGAAGCUGUCCACAUUUUCAUCCCUGGUGUAGGACCUUCAAAGAUUCCAAAAGAUUUUUUGGUUCAAACUGUAUUUAACACACUGGACAAAUUAAUUUUUGUGGAAAACCUUCUGCAAAAUCGAAAAAAGUUAGCCUUGGUUGUGGUAAACAAAGUAUACCGUGAUGCAUUCAAGGAGGAACUUGAAAAACGAUGCCCUAAAGAAGUGGAGAAAAAAAAACUGACUUUGUUGGAAAAAGGGUUUUUUAAAGUUAAAGAAUGGUGGUCCAGUGAAGAUGGAGAAGUUGAACCAUCUGCAUCUGCUGAGGAUAUAAAGAUUAUCAGAAACAAUUUUCCUCCAACUGAAGUUUGUAUUUUGGGGACAUGUGAGGAAAAAAUAAAUGAAGCUUUAAAUGCUCUUACAGAUAAACUUUCUAAUUUAAUGGCAGAAAAUGAAGAGGUCAUUGAAUUAGAUGGUGCCGAAAUAAAAAAGUUUGAGAAUUCCAAGAAUGCAUUAACUAAUCUACAUGUAUUGAUAACUUGUACUAAAAGAACUGUUGAAAAAGUUUCUGACAAAAAAGACCAAAAUCAAGCCAAAAAGAAGAAGAAUAAACAUAAAAAAAGGAAUAAAGACAAAAAAAGUAAAAAAAGUAAUGAAUGUAAAAUGAAACCAGAAUAUGAAGUUAAAGGAACACUUAGUAUUCAAGGACUGAAUAGAAAAGUUGUACAAGAUUUUAAAAAUAAAUUUUCUGUCAAAUCAUCAUCAGUUGAUAAACAUGACCCAGCAGUUGUAAGUGGUGUGGAUGAUAUUGAAAAAGGAUUACAGAAUAUGCAUUUCUCUGAUCCAGCAAAUGAUCCGGCAAAAAAUGCUGGUGCAGAAACAGCUAGAGAAAAACAAAAAGGAGGAAAACAAAAAUUACAGAGUAAAGAAAAAUGUUUUUGUUGGAAGAUGGAAGACAAGUGUGAAGAUGAUGAAUCAGAUUCAAGAAGCAGAAUUCUAUUCACAAAUAUUCCAGAUGAUGUAGAACAGAAAGUUGAGAAAGCCUACAGUGAAAAUACAACUUAUAUCAAUAUUAAAGAUUAUGAUUUUAACUUAAGCGAGAUGCAUGUAACUGUAAACAAAGAAAAGAAAGGAUUGAUACGCUCAGAAAUAAUAGAUAUUUCUAAUCAAAUUGAGGUGCCUUCAACCUGGACAUCAAAAGAAGAUGAAGGAUGCAAGUUGGUGAGGCUGGAUAAAACAGAAAAAGAAUUUUUAGAUAUUGAGAAACAAUUGAAAGAUCUAGCUUCAGUAAAGAAUGAAGAUGGAUUAGAGCUAAAAAUUGAAGUUGUUGAUGUUCACAGAGUGCAGAACUUUGCACUGUAUCAACGCUUCAAAGUUAAACAUGGACAAAUAAGUCGAAGAAAAAAUAUGUGGCACUUUGUGUCAGAACAACAAACGUCUCUACUAGUCUGUGAAUUUGGUUUUCAUCCCCUUUUUUGUGGCGUACCUGCUGAAUUAAACAGUUUAGGAAAGGGUGUCCUAUUCUAUAAAGAUCUAAAUAAGUUAUUAUCCAAUGUGUCUUUUAAAAAAGACAAAUCCUUCUUCCUGUUCAAAGUGAUUGUUUGUCUUGGGGAAUCUGGUCAAGAGCCCGGGACACUUACACAGCACUAUACAUCCAAUGGUGAUACUUUUAUGGUUUUUAGUGAUGCUCAAGCAUAUCCACAGUAUCUGAUUGUCUUAAAUGCAGAAUAAAUGUACUUUAUUCCUUUUCUUACAAAUGGUAAAAAGUUUAAUUUGAAAAUUAAUAAUGGCAUGUUAAAUGUAUUUUUGGGUUUUUUAAAAACUUCACUAAUAAUAAAACAACCAA